GAGGGAAGAGUUUCCUGCCUUACGGAAGUCGAAGGGGAUUGUGAAUGUUUAGGCCGCUAUGAGCAGUUUACGGGAAGAGGACGACCCUUAUGUGGUCGAGGAGCCCAGCGAUGAGGAGCCGGCCCUGAGCAGCUCUGAAGAUGAAGUGGAUGUACUUUUACAUGGCACUCCUGAACAGAAACGUAAACUUAUCCGGGAAUGUCUGACUGGGGAGAGUGAAUCUUCCAGUGAUGAUGAGUUCCAAAAGGAAAUGGAAGCUGAACUGACCAGCACCAUGAAGAACAUGGAGGGCAAGUGGAAAUCACAGCUUCCUGAAGGCACAUCAAAUGCUGACCAGUCUGGAACUUCGUCCACAAACAAUUACUAUGAUGACAUUUAUUUUGAUUCUGAUUCAGAUGAUGAAGACAAAGGAGCUGCACCAGAAACCAGGAAAAAAAAGAAACAGCAACAGCGCCGAAUUCCAACUAAUGAUGAGUUGUUCUACGAUCCUGAAGAAGACAAGAGAGAUCAGGAAUGGGUAGACAGGAAGAGAAGGAGGUAUCACAGCUUAAGAAGUACUCUGUCAGAACAACAGCAAGCCCAACUUCCUGCCAUUCCCAACAGUGAUGCGGUCUUGAACUGUCCUGCUUGCAUGACAACAUUGUGCCUUGACUGUCAGAGGCAUGAAUCAUAUAGAACUCAGUACAGAGCCAUGUUUGUGAUGAACUGCACUGUUGUCAAAGAAGAGAUUUUGAAAUACAAAGGUCCCUUGAACCUGAAGACAAAGAGAAAGCACAAGAAAAUUAAACAGAGUAGUGAAUCCACUGCUGGCCCAGAAAAACAGGAAGAGGAGGAAAUAUAUCAUCCAGUAAAAUGUACUGAAUGUUCAACAGAGGUGGCGGUUUUUGAUAAGGAUGAAGUAUUUCAUUUUUUCAAUGUUCUGGCAAGCCAUUGCUGAGACAUAAUUCCUACAUUCAGUUUGUAUUAAAUAUCCAAAACAGAGGUGUCCUGUUUAUUUUAAGUGUCAUUCGUUAAAAAAUUCAUUUAUCUAGUGCGAUGUGGAAAUGUCCUCGCCUCUCUUUCUAUCAGUAAACAAAGUGAACUUUACUUUUUGUACUUAAUUAUGUGUCAUUUUCAAACUGUUGUUUACAUGUACUGUAAAUUAGCUUUUAAAAUGUUAUAAUGUAAAGUAAAUUUAUGUCAAGAUUUCAUAGUCUGCAUAAUGGAUGACUGCCAUUAAAUGGACAGUAGCAUCACUAAA